UCCCCCCCCUCCCAAGAACUCAGGGACGGGACCCUGUCAUGUUUCACUGACUGGCCCCUCCCGACCGGCGAAUGACAAGUGUUAAUCCGAGGGUGGGGCUUGCCUCAGUCUCUCAUGAUUGGCUGCUGGAUGGAAUUAAGGUGAAUGGAACACAUGCCCAAGGAGCAGGACCCUAACCCAUCAGAGGGAGAAGAGAAACGGUGGCUCAAUGGCCCGAAAAGGAAGAGGAAGAACAGCCAAUGUUCGGUGAAGAGUAUGACUGGGUACAUCCCCAGCUACCUCGAGAAGGAUGAGCCAUGUGUGGUGUGUGGUGACAAGGCCACAGGUUACCACUACCGCUGCAUUACCUGCGAGGGCUGCAAGGGUUUCUUCCGUAGGACCAUUCAAAAGAACCUCCACCCCGCCUACUCCUGUAAGUACGAUGGCUGCUGCAUCAUCGACAAGAUCACCCGCAACCAGUGUCAGCUCUGCCGCUUCAAGAAGUGUAUUGCAGUGGGCAUGGCCAUGGACUUGGUGCUGGACGACUCAAAGCGGGUUGCUAAACGGCGUCUGAUUGAAGAAAACAGGGAGCGACGCAAAAAGGAGGAAAUGGUGAAAUCCCUCCAGAACCGUCCAGAGCCCACCGGGGCCGAGUGGGAGCUGAUCCGCCUGGUGACGGAAGCCCAUCGACACACCAAUGCUCAGGGCGCCCAGUGGAAACAGAAACGCAAAUUCCUGCCAGACAAAAUCGGCCAGUCCCCGGUUGCCCCGACGUCGGACGGAGACAAGGUGGACCUGGAGGCCUUCAGCGAAUUCACGAAGAUCAUCACUCCUGCCAUCACCCGUGUCGUUGACUUUGCCAAAAAACUGCCCAUGUUCUCUGAGCUGCCUUGUGAAGACCAGAUCAUCCUGUUGAAGGGCUGCUGCAUGGAGAUCAUGUCACUGCGAGCUGCUAUGCGCUACGACCCCGAAAGCGAGACACUGACGCUGAGCGGGGAGAUGGCGGUGAAGCGUGAGCAGCUAAAGAACGGCGGGCUGGGCGUGGUGUCGGACGCCAUCUUCGAUCUGGGCAAGAGCCUGGCGCAGUUCAACCUGGACGACACAGAGGUGGCGCUGCUGCAGGCCGUGCUGCUCAUGAGCUCAGACCGCUCGGGCCUGACCUGCGUGGACAAGAUCGAGAAGUGCCAGGAGACCUACCUGCUGGCGUUUGAGCACUACAUCAACUACCGCAAGCACAACAUUCCCCACUUCUGGCCGAAACUCCUGAUGAAGGUGACAGACUUGCGGAUGAUCGGGGCGUGCCACGCCAGCCGUUUCCUUCACAUGAAGGUGGAGUGUCCCAACGAACUCUUCCCCCCGCUCUUCCUGGAGGUCUUCGAGGACCAGGAGGUGUGAAAUACAGUUGCCACCGCGCAAAGGGAAGAGGAAGUUGGGGCAAACUGGGAGAUGGGAAGGGCCAUCAUGUUUAUGGGGGAAGGAUGGAGGGAGAGUCCUCUUGGCAGGAGUCUGCGUUUCUCCGACAUUGUAUUCACAGUAUGUGGUUUAAAAACUGGAAACAACAAUAACAGAAACAACACACCAGCAACAGGAGUCAAGCAAACAGAGGAUUUUGUUUUUGAACACCCUCUCCUCCACCUCUUUCUCCUCCUUUUACUUACCCCUGUUUUAAAAUCCGUGUGGGGGCCCUUCUGUCUGAGCAUGAUGUCUUAUCUAAGUAAGAGUUGUAGCCAUUUGCCAAGACACGUACACAGACACACACAGCACAUGCGCAUACACACACACACAGCCACAGCCUGUUCCACCUCAGUUCCUCAGAGCAGCGCUCUUAGCAGGGGUCCAUCCUCCCCUCGCUGGUUCUUUGUAGCGGUCACAGAUUCACACCUGUUUUGAAGCCCACAUUUCCAGCUCCUAUGCUGGCCAGCACCUCUCAGUAUUAUUUCUGAAUAAGUGUUAAGGCAGUAAUUCAGAAAAUAUGGACAACAGUGACACAUUAUUGCUCACAGCCACGCAAUCAGCAGACACUGCACAUUGAAAUUUCAGCAGAUGCUUUUAGCAUUACUCUGGUGUAUAAUUGCUGUAGUGAAGCAGAGCUACCAGACCUACUUAUUAUCAAUUCCUCAACUCAAUCUGAGCCGUUACAGCUGUUUUUGGAGCUUGUUCUUCUUAGAUCCCAGUGAAACCGGUGCUAUAUUUAUACAAGGCUACUCCACUUUUAUGAAAUUGUGUUGUCUACCUUUGAAAAACGUGCAGACCAUGGCUCCAUAUCUACCUUCAUUUUUGUCAUUGGACCGGCUCCUGUGACAUACAAUGCGCGCGCACACACACACGCACACACACACACACACACAGACACACACACAAGACACAUAUGAGCAGACUUGCCUUGUCAUUGUCCAUGCUGCUUGUGCCAGCAGCCUACCGUCUUAUGAAUGACAAUUAAGCCCUUCUCUCUCCAAGAAAGAAAGAAAGAAGAGAGGGGAGGAGGAAGGGGGGGACACUUGGAAGGAGAGAGGAGGGAGGAAGUAAGAUUUAAUAGCUGGAUUCAGAGGCAGGGGUCAGAAGUAAAUCUCCCACACCCAGCCUCUAAGGAGGGUUUGAAUAGCAGCAGCCACAGCAAGGCAGCGAAGCUCAUUUACACAUACACACACUUCCUCUCUAUCUCUUUAUCUCUCUCUCCUUCUGUCUCACACACACAAAUAUAAACAUGAAAACACACACAUCACCUCAGAGUAACAUGAAUGCCUCAUUUUACUGUAUGCACUGCAUGGCAGUGUUGAUAUACAGCCCUAACCUGCAGGGUUUGUACAGAGUCCUCUCCUCACAGACUCAGCUCAGUGUAGGCCCUCCAGGAUUCCAUACACAUUUGCCUUUUUUUUACCAUGGGCAUCACUGAGAGCAGGCAAAUGCCAAGAAGGCUACCAUUUACCUCAAAGUGGACACACCCCCAGGCUGAGGCAGCAAUACUGCCCCUGUGGUGUCAGGCACUACCUCACCUCUGUGGACAUAGGGCAGCUGCCCACAGCCUACACACAGACAUACACCAUUCAAGUUGGCGCAUGUGUAGAUUAACACACAAAUGUGCAUAAUUUAUGUGUAGAUGCACACUUGUAGUCAUGGAAAGACAAAAACACUCACAGCAUAACACACACACACACCCUCAGUGCUAUCACUUGGUUGAAAUGAAAUACCACUGAAGACAGGAGGGCCAGCCAUCCCCAUGAGAAGGUUUUACCGACUCCAGGGAAUGGCACCCAUUACAUUCGGGUUAUCUCUUUUUGUUAUAUGGGACCAAGUGUCAUCUUUUGAAAUUUGGAUUUACCUGUUUCUGUCAAAACAGAAACCGACUCAUAGAAGAGACGAAGGACAGUGUGGAUGUCCAGCCCAGCUGACACCCAUCUGAGCAAGCAGCAAGAGGAUAGAUAACAGUAACUGAAAACCCGUGGUGGCCACGCCCGUUGAAUUAGCAUGCAUAGAAAGGGCAGUUUCCUUCUGCGUCAUGGCGAUCUUACACUGUACUUAUGAUGGCUGCCAUUGGAUUUUUAUAAAAAAAACUAAUUGAAAUAAGUUUUCUUUCAUGCAUGGACAGUGCAUUUGACAUAAAAAGUUGGAAUGUUAUCAACUGAAAUGAAGCCUUAUCGGUGGCAACUCAAAAGCUCUUUUAGUCUUAUGCACUUUGCCCACCAAUGCUCACCACUAUCAUAGUAGUAUCACACAGUAACUAUCCAUGGCAGAUAUUGUGGUGUACCAGCCAAACAAACAUUCAAGAAUGUUGAUCUGAUUAUAAAAGCCCACUCUGUUCAUUCCAAUUCUGGGGCCAAGCCAAAUCUAACUGGGUUUACCACUCUUAUAAGAAGAGAAUGAAUGGAAAAAAAGAGAUUAAGAAAAUCUAUUUUAUAUCCAAUGCCAAGCAGUAGUUCAUACUGGGCACUUGUACAGGAUGGGUAUUCUGUACCCCUCAGAAGUACCUAAGCAGAGGAACGUGUGGCAGGGAUCAUGGGUUAAUCGUUACGGAUGGCCAGGCCUAACUGCUUCAAACAUCUGGAGCAAUGCUGGGAGGAGAGAGGAACUGGAACGCCACCUUUGGGCACAAUGGUGGAGUCUGGUCUGACUCUCAGAAGAACCCCUUCCACAAGCACAUCACCACUUCUAGAGAUCCACUACCCGCCCUGCCCCUACCCCUUUCUAGCUCAUGACAAUGCCCUUUCUGGAGCCUAGCUCAGACUGAAUUGCACCCCACCACCAUUAUAACACCCCCACUCAGCUAGGCUGGUGGGAGUUUUUGCACUACUGCAGCGGUCCUCCCUUCAGCCCUUUACUCAUCAAAGUUUAACCAACACCCCUUGUUGGAUUACAUAUUAGUUUCCCCCCCACUAAAUAUACCCCCAAAUGGGCACGCUGACCUGCUCUGUGUAACAGAGCCUGGCAGUCGCAGUGGGCUCAGUCCCAAACCUGUCCCAUUGUCAGUAUUAGACCGACAGCACAUUACUACCACCCCUUACCCUACCCAACCACGGAUGGAGAGAGGUCCCUGCGUAGGAGGGCAGCACUUACUCAUUCUCCCUGUAGUACUAAUUUUCCUCUCAUCCUUCUUAUAGUAGAGUCAGCCCGGUGACAUUUCAAAUUCGGAGCCCUCCUCCAAACAGCCUCCCCUCCAUCAUCAUCCUCUCUCCCCCCUCUUCUCUUCCCUUAAGCACCCUAGCUAUUUUACCCACUCACCGCUGAGUGGGUCACCCCCAGUUUGGCCCAGAAUCAUUGACACCAAACAGGAUCCAGGCCUCUCCCUUGUGAGACAAGGCUGGCCAUAACUGCCCUUUUAGAGUGGCGCCACCGAAUGAAUGUGAACGGCAGAAGCAGCAGCGACGGGAACAACAGACUUGAGCGCGAGAAUGUGAGGAUGCGAGAGAAGAAGAAAGCGCGGGACAGGAAACAAAAAAAGCUGAGGGCUUUAACCCUCAUUUGCCAUCAUUGACAUGGGCGUGAGAGGGUGAUGUGGCUGGUUGUAGAGACGAUGUUAACGAACACUCGGAAGAAGGGGAGACGGCAAUGUAGGAAUACGUACAGUCUCCCCUUCGGUUCCAAAAACAACCACACAUGAACCCCCGUUCCCAUGCCAGCUGACAACCCCAAAUGUCCCCCCCUCAGCUCCUUCCAAAAGGAUAACAUCCAACUUUCAUAUGGUGAGGAUCAGAGAGAUCCCUUAUUCCAGAGAUGCAGGUUUGGAAUUCCAACACAUCUUUGCAAAAGAACUGAAAAAGAGAAAAAAAACCUUAUUGAUGUCUUUUGUUCUCGUGAGCUGACUGGGUAUGUGUGUGUGACAGUAAGGGUUAUAAUGCUGCUUUACCUUCUGAGUCUGAUUUAGAUUAAGAAAAAAAAAAAGAUAUAUGAAAUGAUUAUAAAUCCAUAAAACAAAAUGAAAA